UUCGCUGCAGAGAUCUUUCUCUUUUCUAUGUCGAUUACUCAGCAGGAGAAAUCGCCUAGAUGUGGUCCAAUUCCUCGCUGUAAUGGCGGAAAAGGACUUUCAACCGUUGACACAGAAUGUUGUUCGUGGUUUGAACGAUAAGCUUUACGAUAAACGUAAAACAGCGGCGUUAGAAAUUGAGCGAAUGGUAAAAGAAUUUGUGGCUAGUAAUGAUGUGAGGCAAAUUAAACGACUGACUGCUGUGCUCGCUGAAGAAUUUGCAGUUUCACACAACAAUCACUCAAGAAAGGGAGGUCUUAUUGGACUAGCCGCUACUGCUAUAGCUCUGGGAAAGGAUGCUGGUCUAUAUUUGAAAAGUCUUAUACCUCCAGUGUUGACCUGUUUCUAUGAUCAAGACAGUAGGGUUCGUUAUUAUGCCUGUGAAGCACUUUUCAACAUUGCCAAGGUUGCAAGAGGCUCAGUGUUACCAUUUUUCAAUGAUAUAUUUGAUGGGCUGAGCAAGCUUGCUGCUGAUCCUGAUAUGAAUGUAAAAAAUGGAGCUGAGCUACUUGACAGAUCAGUUAAGGAUAUUGUGACAGAAAGCUCCUCAUUUGACCUAGUUUCCUUCAUUCCAUUGUUGAGGGACAGAAUUUACACAGCCAACCCAUUUGCAAAACAAUUCUUGGUCUCGUGGUUGAUGGUGCUUGAUGCUGUUCCAGAUUUGGAUCUUGUUGCACAUCUUCCAGAAUUCCUUGAUGGUCUCUUCAACAUUUUCAAGGACCGCAAUCCUGAGAUAAGGAAAAUGUGUGAAGCUGCACUUGGUGAGUUCCUGAGAGGAAUCAAGAGGGAAACCAAGAAUGUUAAUUUUGCUGACAUGGUCAAUAUUUUGGUUAUCCAUUCACAGUCAGAGGAUGAGGUCAUUCAAUUUACUGCUAUUACUUGGCUGAGGGAGUUCAUCACACUAUCAGGACGGACUCUGCUGCCCUUUAAUGCAGGAAUUUUAAAAGCAAUAUUGCCUUGUAUGGCAUAUGAUCAAGAUAAACAGAAUAUCAAAGAAGUGGCCAAGACAGUCAAUCAAAGUCUAAUGCGACUAAUCACAGAAGAUGACGACAAGGAUGUUGAUAGUGACACUGUGUCUAUGGAUUGCGACAAUGACUUUGUACAGCCUCAAACUCAAACUCAGCUGGAUCUUGGUCCAGUAGUAAAUGUACUAACAGUGCAGUUGUCACACAAGUCUAUACAAACCAGGAUAGCUGUAUUACGAUGGGUGUUAUUGCUUCACAUGAAGACACCCAACAAGAUAUUUGGUCAAAUUGAGCAGCUUUUCCCAGAACUUUUGAAGACCUUGUCAGAUCCAUCAGAUGAGGUUGUUCUUCUUGUCCUAGAAGCACUUGCAGAGAUUUCAGCCUCUCCAGCUGGUCCUCCGAGGAACAGCCCCUCUCAGAGCAUAUCCGAAGGAAGCUCCCCAGGCUCGGAGCAGAAUGCUGCCCCUCACAGGCAGCUCAAUAAAUACUUUCAUAAGUUCAUGAACAAUGUCAUGUCACUUUUUAGAACUGAUAGGAAACUUUUGGAGGAGAGAGGUUCUUUUAUUUUAAGACAGCUUUGUCUUUUGUUAAAUGCAGAGGACAUAUACAGAGCAAUGUCGGAAAUACUCCUUCAAGAAAAUGACUUCCAAUUUGCAUCACUAAUGGUGCGGUAUUUGAAUAUGAUUCUACUCACAUCCAGUGAAUUGUUUGACCUAAGAGAUCAGCUGAGGGAGCUGGCAACAGCAGAGAGCUGUUCUCUAUUCUGCUGUCUAUACCAGUCUUGGUGUCAUAACCCUGUGGCAACAGUAUCCCUGUGUUUACUUACACAGAACUACCAACAUGCCUGUGAACUGCUGAUGAUCUUUGGACAUCUUGAGGUAAAUGUAGAGUUUCUCAUUCAGAUUGAUAAACUGGUUCAGCUUAUCGAGUCUCCAAUAUUCACAUUUUUACGUCUCCAGCUCUUGGACACACAACACAACCAUUUUCUUUUGAAGUCCUUGUAUGGCUUGCUGAUGCUCCUUCCACAAAGUGAUGCUUUCACAACCUUAAGAAACAGAUUGGACUGUGUACCAAAUGGAAGGGCACUACCAUCUGACAUAAGUGAUACUCAUGGUGCCCAUGACUUUCCAUUGCGCGAACAUGUUCAAAGAAUAAAUUUCAAGGAACUCCUACACCAGUUCAAGACUGUACAACAGAAACAUUUUAUAAACAAACAUUCUCGCUCUCCACACUUGGCUAAGAAUUUGUUGAAUAUGUAGAUAUUUUGACAGGUUUUUUUUUAUAAGAACGUGCAAAAAAAAUUACAAAUUUUAUUUUGAAGUGUAAAAUAAUGUCAUUUGUUAAUAAAGAUCAUUGAUUGCCAAUGUAGCUGGAUAAAAUAUUAUUAAAAAGAUUAUCCUUUUUAGAACCCA